UAAUUAUUUUGGAUAUGGAACCAUGAAUUAUGUAAGGAGAGAGGGUUGACUAACACCUUAGGUUUUUCAUAUUGCUAUUUGUUAGGUCCCAAUAGACGCAAUAUCUUAUCUUUCAAACAGAUCUACUUUAAUUCUUUGCAAAACCUUACUUUUCUUUCGUAUUUUUGAUCAAGCAUCAAAACUAUGGCGUUUCUAAAACAGUUUGAACAUCUUAGAAUACCUCUAGCUGAUCUAAUAGCAGCAACCAACAGUUUUUCAAAAGAAAACUGGAUUGGGGGAGGAGGAUUUGGACAAGUGUACCAGGGAAUACUCGCUUCAAAGGGGAAUACGACGGUGGCUAUAAAAGUUUUAGAUCGUUCAUUUGGUCAAGGAGAUGGCGAGUUUUGGAAGGAGGUCAUGAUGCUUUCAGAGUACAAGCAUGAAAACAUCAUCUCCCUCCUAGGUUUUUGUGAUGAGAAAAGCCAAAAGAUCCUUGUAUACAAAUAUGCAUCUAGGAAAAGUCUUGACGAACAUAUCGAAAACAAAGAGUUAACAUGGGCUCGACGCCUUAAAAUAUGCAUAGAUGCGGCUCGUGGACUUGCAUACCUUCAUAAUCCUGCGGGGACCCAACAAAGACUAUUACACCGCGAUAUUAAAAGUUCCAACAUCUUACUAGAUGAAAAUUGGAAUGCCAUAAUAGCAGAUUUUGGUUUAUCCAAAUUUGGUCCUGCUAAUCAGAAAAACACAUUUCUUUUCACCAAUAAUACUGUAGGCACGGUUGGGUAUGUUGAUCCACAAUAUAUGGAGGAUGGAGUUCUAACAAAGGAGUCGGACGUUUACUCUUUUGGUGUGGUGUUGUUUGAAGUUUUGUGUGGAAGGUUGUGUAUUGUCAAUCAAGAUGGGCGUCAAUCAUCUCUUACUAGAUUGGUUCGAGUGCAUAUCAAAGGUAACAAGCUACAUGAAAUUGUUUGGUGCAACAUAAAGGAUGACAUACAUCCCGAAUCUUUAAAAGUUUUUGCAAAAAUUGCUUAUCAAUGUUUGAAGAGAAACCAUGAGGGACGACCACGAAUGGAGGUUAUUGUGCAAGAACUUGAAAAAUCCCUUAAAUUUCAAGAGGCUUUUGAUCAGGCUAAAGAAGAAAAUUCAAAACAAAAAAACACCCUUGUGGAUUUCAAGGAAAUCUGUCCCCCGGGAGGAAGCAAUUUGGUAAUUCUGUACACAACAAGCGUCAAAGGGAUUCGAAAGACUUCUAAAGAUUGCUUGAGGGUUCACUCUUUACUAAAAAGUUUAAAGUUUUUAUACCAAGAAAGAGAUAUAGCGAUGCACUCGGAUUUCAGAGAUGAACUAUUGCAAAUGUUGGGCAAAUCAGCAGCAGUGCCAAGCCUGUUUAUAAAGGGUAGGUAUAUCGGUGGAGCAGAGGAAGUUUUCCGGUUGCAUGAGCAGGGAAAAUUCCGGUCACUCCUUGCUGAAAUACCACUAAACAAAUCUGAAGGGCCAUGCAAAAGGUGUGCUGGAGUGCGGUCUGUAGUGUGUCGUAAGUGUAACGGUAGUCAUCUUAUGAAACUUGCCGAUGGGAAAAGAACGACGUGUACGGAAUGUAACAAGAAUGGGCUAAUAAAAUGCCCCAAUUGCUUCUAAAGUAGAUAUAUUUUUAUGUCGGUAUAUUUCAUUUGUUGUAUGUUGUUUGAUAUAUUCUCAUGUUCAUCUGUAUAUUUCAAAUUCAAGACUCCACAUAUCAUACAGUAAUCUAGUCUGAUUUUUAUA